GUGCCGAGAACGUGCCCAGAAGGCACUUGUGGAAACUCAGUCGACCGCCGACCGAGUGGGAGGGACGACACCCACCACCAGCCCGACGAUCACAACCUCGUCUCGAAACGCUCGAUAUGUCGUCUCUGUUGAGCCCCGGCUCUGAUGCUGAGGCCGAGUUCAAUCUCUCAGAGGAUCUGGUCACAUCGCCAGAACACAAACCCAAAGCCACGAAAUCCGUCGACUUCGAUGGUCUGCUGACGCCUCCUCUCUUCCUCCACGAGGACCUGGCAAAAGGCAAUGGCGGCCAGGCUUGGCCAGCUGGUAUGAUCCUGACCAAGUACAUCUUGCGGAGAAAGCAGGACGCCAUACGGACUGCAUCGUCAAUCGUCGAAUUGGGUGCCGGCGGCGGACUAGUUGGGUUGGCUGUCGCCGCAGGCUGUCGAUCAAAUGCUGUCAUCCACAUCACCGACAUGAGCACGAUGUACGACCUAAUGCAGCAGAAUAUCGCGCUCAAUGCCCUAGGUGAUCGAGUGACGGCCGCCGUCUACGACUGGGGAGGCGCGACUCCGGAGGGCAUUCCACAGCAUCCAGAUGUCGUGCUCGCUGCCGAUUGCGUGUACUUUGAACCCGCAUUUCCGUUGCUCCAGCAGACGUUGCAGGACCUGAUCGGCCCAAACACAGUGUGCUACUUCUGUUUCAAGAGGAGACGAAGGGCCGACAUGCACUUCCUGAAAGCGGUGAAGAAACAAUUCCUGGUCGAAGACGUGUUGGAUGACCCUGACCAGCAGAGCUAUGCUCGAGAGAACAUCUUCCUCUGCACGAUUCGCAGGAAGGCCGGUCGGUGAAGGCCAACACACUCACGUGGAUGAUCCCAAGAAACAUCCCAGCUGCUGACGGAACUCGCUGCCUACGCCGCCGAUGAACGGGCAGACGGAGCGACGACACCACGCGUCCGACACUGCACAGUGACAUUGCGCGAGGACGAAGUUUUGCGCGAAAGGCCGACUGUCACAAUUGAUGUCUUGCCACGCUUAAAAAACAGCGUCGAAAACGUCACAGGAACGGCUCAUGGCACUGCAAAGUUCAUCCUCAUGGUCACACGCGGCGUUCGGCCGUCCCUGAUCUUCAUUCCUGCGAACGUCAUGUUCUUAAAGGCAUUGUCCACGCGUUGCUAGUCAGUCUACGUGCCGUGAGCCGCGGACAAAGAGGAUGAUUAUGGCAGCAAAUGUAGUCGCAUCAAUAGAACGUAUAGAAAAUUCCACUAGAUCGCGAGAUCAAUGCAACACAUUGAGGC